AUGAGUAAACCACAGAGAAGAAAAGGAAAUGCAAAGAAUGCAAGCAGUUCUCUUGCUCACAAUCUUUUAUCCGAUGGCUCUUUCAUUGGUCUCACUCCUGAGAUGAAUGUUUUUGAAAUGGCUGGAAAUGAAGCAGCAACUUUCAAUCAUGUUGAUGAUGAAGCUAGGAUUAUUCUGAGAAAAUUGAUGAAAAAAGAUGCUUGUACAAGAGAAAAGGGACUUCGAGAAUUGAUCCAAUUUAUGGAAGGAAAUCCUGAAUCUAUCGAAAUUUGUUAUGAUACUUUUAUUGGAAUUGUUGAACAUCUUUCAACUGAUGGAAGUGCUACUGUUCGCCUUUUGACUAUGAAAACUAUUUCAUUUUUCAUCAACAAACUCAAAAAAUCAGCUGGAAAAGGGUUGAAAACUAUUAUCCCUUUGGUUAUUUUUGCCACAUGUGAUGCGAGUAACAGUGUUGGAAAUGCCGCUGAAAAUGUUUUCAAAGAAAAUUUCGAGGGAACCGCAAAACGUGCACAAUUAUUGGAAAUGUUUGGUGGAGUCACAAUUCGUUUGGCUGUUUCUCUAAUAACUGGCGAAAAUGCUGAAUUGUGUCAAGCUGCAAAAUAUGAUGAGGAAGAAAGUGUUGAACAACGGAAAUAUCGAUUAGAAGUUCAAGGAUUGGGAACAAUUUUGAAAUUGAGUGACGAAUCGAAAAAUGUUGAUUGGGUUGAAAGUGUUUCGAAAUUGUUUUCUGAUUCGAAUUAUUUGCGAAAAGUUUUGAAGGGAGAAAAAUACAAUGUAAGUUGAAUAAAAGAUUUUUAACUCGUAGAUCAAUAUCUCGUCAACUCCUAAUAUGAGUUAUGGUGGGCAAAAGUGGAAAAUUUAAAAAAAAAUUGCAGUUUUGGGAGGUCAAAACUGGCUGGUUUUCUUGAAAAUCUGAUAGCACAUUAGGCGCGAUUACAUGAGUACAGAAGGUUUUUUUCUGAAACAUGAAGUUUAUUUAUGUUAUCGAGCCUCAACAACGCUAGAUUUUCAUGAAAACCAUUUUGAAAUCAAGUUCUGACCUCCGAAAACCCCAAUUUUUCAAAAUUAUUAGACUUUGCCACGUCAUAACUGAUAUUAAAAGUUGUAACUAAUAUUAAAAGCUUGAUAUUCUAAAAUGUAUCGUUUAGCUCAAAACUUCUUUGCUCUCAGUUUGCUUAAAACUUCCAAACAAUAUUGAAAUAAUGAUGAAUGGCCCAAUUUCUCAAUGGAUUUUGGAUUGUCUUGACUCAACAAAUGACACAAUUUGUGAUUCAGUUUGGAAUGCGUUCAUUGUUCUUGUCGCAAGUGAAGAGUUAGUUUUAAAACUAUGUAUAUUCCCAUCAACAAUUCCUCGUUUUUGCAGAUAUUUAUCAAAAACUUCGUUCCAAAAAACAAUUAUUCCCCGAAUUUUAAAUGUGAUUCGAAAAAAGAAGUCGCAUUGGUCAAAAAUGGCAACUCACAUUCUUCCAUUUGUUGCCACAGUAUUUGAGGAUUUGCAAAAAUCAAAUUCAUUCGAGGCGAUUAUUGAGAGUUAUUUCGAUAAUUUACCAUUUGAUUCGACAAUUUCGCCGAAUUGCACUUCACAGUGGAUUUGUUCUUUUGUUGAAGUUGUUCAAUGGAUUUUGUCGAAUGAAAAAAUCGAUGAAAAUGUUGUUGAAAUGACAGUUUCUGCGGUAAGAAUCGAGAAUUAUUUUCUAAACAAUUUCUUGUUUCUUAUAGAUCGUGAAAAUGUGCAAAGAAUCAUUGAAAACCUUCGAAAAUCACCGAAUCGCUAGCUUAAUUAAUUGGAUUUUCGAAAAGAACAUUUUGAAAAAAUCGGAAAGUUUACGUUUAUGUCAACUUAUUGAAGCGGUCAUCCUGGAAAAUCGUGAAAACUCGAGCAAAUUUGCUGAAAUUUUGCUCGCUUCUGCAAAGUUUUCCGAACUUGUGCCAAUUCAUUCAACUUUAUUGAUUUUGGAUAAAGAAAAAGAGAAUAAUUGGGUUGAAUUGUUGGAUAUAUUGGAACAUUCGGAAGAUUCGUAUUUUGAACAUGUUUUAGCCGUAAGUUUUGAGGUUUCGGGAAUUUUUAUUUCGUUGAAAACAGGGUUUAGCAAAAAUUUAAAAAUGAUAACUUCAUUUAUUAAUUACAUGUUGAUCCUGUUUUUCAGAGACUUCCCAGUUCUUCAAAACUUGGUGAACCAACUUCAAAAUGGUCGGAAAAUAAUGCAAAAACAAUUGCGAAAUUAAUUGUUCGAAUCGUCAAAAAAUCACCAGAAAAAUCCUUCGAACCCACGAAUAACUUUGUUUGGCGUGAAAUAUUGCUCAUAUUAGCGAAUUCGUGUUCGAAAACCGAUGAAAUUUGGAAUAUUUUCGGAUUUUCACCGAAAAAUAAAGAGCUUUUCGAGGAAAUGAUAUCAAGUUGGAGAGAAGAAGGAAAUGGAGAUGCGGUUGCAAAAAUGAUUGAUUUUUUGAAAAUCAAAAAUAUUGAAAUUGAACAAAAAUUGAAAAAUGUGGAGAAUUUGGAAUAUUUAUUGGAUUUGUUGAAGAAUUGCGAGAGUUUGAAAGGAGAUUCCGAAUUGAUUUAUAAGAUUUUCAACAAAGUUUUUCGAGUUCGAGAUUAUCCGGGCACUGAAUCAUUGAAAUUAUUGGCUAAUAAUUUACCCGAAAAUUUUGAAAUUCCUGGGUUUUUUGAGGAUUUGAUGGAAAAAGAUGGAAAUGAGAACACAGCGAUGAUUUUUGAUAUGAUUUUGAGAAAUUCGAAAAAUUCUGAAGGAAUGAUUAGACGAUUUUUGAUUCAAGAAAAAGAUGUUGAAAAAUUAUUGGAUGAUGUGAAAUUUGUAAGUUUCUAGAAGCUUGGAAAGUUUGAAAAAAUGAUUAUUUUUAGCUUGAAGUUGAGCGUUUUUGCACUGCUUCAACAAGUUGUACAAUUUCGAUUCCUUAUGAAAUCAAUGGACAUUUUGAUGUUAUGAAAGAGGAAAAGAUUUGCGAAUUUUUGAAUAACAAAACAAGAUUGGCGUUUGUCAAUAUUUCGAGUGAAUGUAAGUUUAAAAUCGAUUUUUGAUGAUAAUUUUUGAGUAUUGCUCAUGUUAGAAGACUCCAAAAUUCAUGAAAAUCUGAACAUUAACCCAAACUCUCAAUUUUAAGGUAAUUUCGAGCAUUGCUCACCUUUGUCUCAAAUUUUGUGAAAAUGUUACUUUUGUAACCCAAAAAUUGUGAUUUUCUGAUAAAUUUUAAUCAUUGCUCAUGUUAGAUUCAAAAUUUAUGAAAAUCGGAAAAUUUCAAGCCUAAACUCUAACUUCAAGAAAAUGUUGAGCAUUGCUCAUGUUAGUAUCAAUUUUCAUGAAAAUCUCAACUCGUACUUUAUUUCAGACGCAACAAAUGCUUCAAAAGUUUAUGCGUCAAUAAUUCUGAAUCUCGUCAAAAUUCUUGAAAAUCGCUUCGAAUUUUCGGAAAUUCCUAAAUAUUAUAUUCGAGAAAUAUCUGAUAUUUUAUCCAAAUCCGUUAUUGAUUUUCAACCAUUUCUACCUCCAAAAUCAACAAUUCUUGCCGAUGUUUAUUUAUCACAAAAAGGUGGAAAAUUGGAGCAUUUAAUUGAAGAUCAGGAAAUUCUUGAAUUGAGCUAUAGUUUUGGAUUGGAAUCCGAUGAGUUUUUGGAGAAAAUGAAAGAAGAAAUGGAGGAAUUGGCGUUUUUUGGAGAACGAAAUUGUUUAAAGGAGAGAUUGACUGGAUUAUUGGUGGCGAGAGCAUUUUUGGCAAUGGCGGAUAAAGUUUUAUUGAUUGCGGAUGAGAAAAGAGAAUUGGUGGAUUAUUUGUUGUGUGGAUUGGUGACUGUUUUGGAUGUGAGUUUUUGUGUAUGUUGCUUUCAGAAAAAAAAUGCCGAAAUUCUGGAAAAGACGAUUUUGAAACUUCAAAAAUUUUCCCAAAAUAAUAUUUGGUGGAAUUUUAGAAAAACGACUUGGAGGUUUUUAUUGAAAAGUAUUUUUUCUGGUUAAUUUUUGAUCAUUUCUCAUAUAAUUCUCAAAUUUCCCGGAACUUGUUUUUUUUAAAAAUAAUUUUUUAGUAAAAUUUUAAAAGGGUCAAAAGUAUUUUUGGAAAAUAAUUCAGGUUAACUUUUAUCCCAAGAAAUUUUGAAAAAAAUGUUUACCCGCAAAAUUAUUCCUCAUAAAUAUAAGAUUAUUCAGAAUGUCAACGAUGAACUCUUGAAAUGCAACCAACUUCCAAUUAUCCUCGAAUCCCUCGCUUUUUAUUAUCUCCGAAUCUUCGCAAAAAUCAAUAAAUUCGCCAAUGAAACCAAUCAUAUAACACCAAUAAUUGAUGAAUGGAAAGAAUUCUAUCUUCCAACAAUAACUCGCCUUAUUUUCAAUUGGUUUGGAAUUAUCAAAUCUGGAAAUGAGCCAAAUCCAUUUGUUCGAAGUUUAUUCAUUGCAUUGAAUGAGAUUUCGAAUUAUCCGAAUGAUUUUGACGAAAUUGAAAGUAUUCGAGAAUUUUCGCCAGAAUUGGAUGCUUUUAAUUAUUCUCAAACUGAGCAAUCAAUCAUUUCUCAUUCUUUUUCGCUUUUGGAAAGUGAAAAUCAAUAUAUUCAAUUGAUUGGAUUGAAAAUGGCCAAAUUGUGGGUUUUUUCUCUAAAAUUAUAAUUAUAUUUAUUAUUUACAGAACUAUGCCUUUGAUGUUCAAAAAGGAGAAUAUUUUGACAGAUGAGAAAAACGAGGAAGAAGUUUUGAAUGCUGAAAAAACACUGAAAAUUCCUGAAAUUAUCAAUCGAAAACUUUUGGAAUCAUUGGAAACUGGAAAAUGGAGUGUUGUUAUGCUUUUUGAUAUUUGUUUAGUGCCUUUUGAGGUGAGACAAUUUUGGCUGAAAAUAUUCUGAAAAACAGGGUAUCGUAAAAUUUAAUUUUUUGAAAAACUUGAAAAUUUCCACGUGGAUUUUUUCAGCGCCAAAAAUCCACGGGAAAUAUUGAACAUUCAACUAUUUUUGAAAAACUUUAAAAUAUCAUUUUUACAGUCUGAUUUGUUGAAAAACGAACUACGAGUUCUAUAUUGUGAUGCUUUGCAAACAUUUAUUCGACCAUGUUUAAGCACUUUGAUUAUUAAACAACCUGCAGCUAUUCGUAAGUUUUCCCGAAACUCUAUUUCUAUCUAAAAUUAUUUUAUUUCCAGCAAGAUCGAAAGAAGAAUCCUACUAUCUCCAAGAUAGCUCAAUCCCGUCUAUUCGAUUUUUCGACAAAUAUGCUUGUCGUCUUCUUUUCCGAACAAUUUCUUUUAUACCGGCUGCGGUGAGAUUAUGGUUCAAAUCACUGCCACAAAGUGCUACGGAAACUGUCAAAAAGUGGGUUUUGACCUUCGUAAAGUUUUAAUUCUGAAAAUUUCAGAACAAUAACUAAUAAUGCAAGUCGUUUAUUGGUUGAAAAAGAGCUUGAAAGAGUAAAAUUGUCGAAAUAUGCGAAUGGAGGAGAUGUUGAUAUGAAGGUUGGUCAUUUUUUUUGAGAAAAAUGUUUUGGGAGGAUUUUUUGGAUUCGAAAACGUUCUAAAUUUAAAUUUUUAGAGCUAAAAUAUGGCUUCCUAGUUUUGAUCCUUGACAAUUUGACUCUCUAGGCGCGCGUACUUGAAAUUGAAGCUCUCAAGACGCUGCUCCUUGCCAGAGUGGUUCUCUAGCUGUGGGCCCUUACCAAUCAUGUUCUCUAGACUCAGCUACUUGAAUUUAUAGGCUUGGAUGUUUGACACAGCCAUUUAUCAGUCAAAUUUAAUUGGUGAAGUUGUGAAAUUUACUCGGGAAAAGCUAAACUUAGAAAAAGAAUUUGAAAUAAUGUUAGUUAUCACAUUUUUCAAAUAAUUAUGAAAAUUUCCCAUAUGUUUUUUUUUCAUUUCAGAUUCGAGUUAUUCCGGUAACCGGUGAAAUUGUUGCUGAAUAUCUAGUCGAAGAAACGAAAAUGAAGUUAACAAUUGGACUUCCACCCGAUUUUCCACUAUCUGUUCCAACUCUUCAUCUCGAUAAAGCAAUUGUUCAAUCGGAUCGAGCACGAAAAUGGCUUGUUCAAUUAAAUGCGUAUCUUUUCCAUCAGGUAUAUUUUUUGUGAAAUAUUUCCAUUAUGGGCCUAUGCAGAAUAAUAUUUUGUAAUAAAAAAACAUAAAAAAAACAUUUUUUUUCCUAUGCAGAAAAACGUCGAAAAAACAAAAUGAAGACAACGUGAAAUUGAGAGAGCGCAGACAUAAAAUGGGUUUUUUUUCUGCACUCUCUCAACUUCACGUUCUCAGCAAACCAGGGCGUAGCUACAUUGUUCAAAUUCUGGAAAGAGAGCCUGACAACGAUGUAGCUACGUGAAUAGACUUUUGUAGCUACGAGACUGUCUACCCCACACUAUUUCCACGUUUGUGAACUAUGCGGAACUCCAGAAAACCAACAAUGUAGUUACGAAAAUUUCGAAAAAAGUCAAAUUUUUUGUGUAGCUACACCGUUCUAUGUAACUACAGAGUUGGAUUUCUGAAGUUCCACAUAGUCCACAAAAAUGGAAAUAGUGUGGAGCAGACAGUCAUGCGUAGCUACUUUGUUAAAAUUCUGGAAAGAGAGAUUGACAACCGUGUAGCUACGCACGUUCGCCAAUGUAGCUACGCCCUGGUUUUCUGAGUUGUCUCUACUCAAAAUAAUAAACUGUAUAUUUUGUUUUUCCGACGUUUUUCUGCAUAGGAAAAAAUGUUUUUUAAUGUUUUUUUAUUACAAAAUAUUAUUCUGCAUAGGCCCAUUAAAUUUACAAACUGUGACGAGAAUUUUCAAUUUUUCGAAAAACUCAUUAGAAAUCUCCCAAAUUCCACGGUUUUUUUUCCAGAAUGGCGCUAUUGUUGAAGGUAUUGAAUUAUGGCGAAACAAUGUUGAUAAAGGUGUUCAAGGAGCUGAAGCUUGUUGUAUUUGUAUGAUGACUAUUCAUUCAAAUUCACAUCAAUUACCAAAGGUUUGUUGAAGUUUUGGCGCGAAAAAUCCACAAAAAUCAAUUAUUUGCUUCAUUCUUCCAGGUGAAAUGCAAACAAUGCAAAAACAAAUUCCACUCAAAUUGUCUCUACAAAUGGUUCGAAUCCAGUAAUCAAUCAUCUUGUCCGUUAUGUCGUGCAAAUUUCACUUAG